UUCCAUCCGGAAACUUUGGAGCCGGCACAUCGGCUCCCACCCGAUACCCAUGUGUUCGUGUUGCUGAAAAGGCUCAGAAACGUGACAUCACGGUGUCAACGCAAAUUUCUCCUAGAUUUAUAAUACCUAGUUUCUACUAAUUUAAAUCACCAUGUCAUGGCUGUGGGGUGGCCGGAAACCUCCCCUACCCGAGAAUUUUUCAGAAUUUGUUCCUCCUACUGAAGGUGGAGGUUCUUCCGGCAGCAAUGGCGGUGGCAAUGACAAUAAGAAGAGAGAUGGUGCCAUGGAGGCUUAUAGAUUUGACUCAUCUGCUUUAGAAAGGGCUGCUGAGGCUGCAAAGGCCCUGGAAAAAAGUGCCAAUUCCAAGGAUUACCUGGAAUUAUCUCGACAGCAAGAAAUUACAAAGCAAAAUGAAUUACUUAAACAGAGCAAAGAAUUUGAAGUCCAAGCCAGACAGAUGGAGCUUCAAGUGGAGAAAACAAGAUCAGAAGAGCGGAUAAAGCAGCUCAGAGAGCAGGCCAACCUAGAUAAACAGAAAGUGCAGUAUCAGGACCAGCUUGCAAGAAGCAGGUACGACGAUCAGCUUGAGCAACAGCGCAGGUUAAAUGAGGAGAAUCUGAGAAGGCAGGAGGAGUCUGUUCAAAAACAAGAAGCCAUGCGCCGUGCCACACUGGAGCACGAACUUGAGAAACGAGCUGAGCUUGAUCUGAAGCGCAUCGAGCGUGAGGUGCUCUCCAAGGGCAAGGUGGAGAGAGACAACCAGGACCUCACACUUGAGCAGAUCAGACUCAAAGCCAAAGAAGACAGAGAAACGCGGCUGGAGUCGAUUAAGUCUAUAGGGUCUCUCGUAGGUCAGGGUUUGCACACGUUCCUGGGAGACGAGCAGCAGGUGAGGAUGGCAGUCGCUGGACUGGUUGCCGUCUCGGCAGGAUACUUCGCUGCCAAAGGAUCCCUUUCCAUGGCCUUCAGGUUCUUGGAAGCUAGGCUAGUGAAGCCAUCGCUGGUACGGGAGACGUCACGCCUCAGCCUCACCGACACGCUCAAGCAUCCUAUUGACACCUGCAAGAAAAUCGUCUGGCGCUUCAAGGGCGUCGAAGAUACGCUCCAGGGCGUCAUAUUAAAGCCCAAGGUCGAGGCCGCUAUCAGAGAUAUUGCAUUGGAGACCAAAAACUGCAGGAAAGCUAAAGGCAUCUACCGGAAUGUUCUCCUGCAUGGUCCUCCUGGUACGGGAAAAACCAUGUUUGCUAAGAAACUUGCCCGUAACUCAGGCAUGGACUUCGCAAUCAUGACGGGAGGCGACGUGCAGCUCAUGGGCGACAAGUCUGUCGAGGCCAUCCAUAAGUUGUUUGAGUGGGCGCGCACAUCACGUCGAGGUUUGAUUCUCUUCAUUGACGAGGCUGAGAGUUUCCUCAUAAGACGUCACUCUGGCAUCAGCCAAAACCUUCGAGACACCAUGGCUGCAUUCCUCAGUCACACAGGCGACCACAAUAAUAGGUUUAUGAUGAUUCUGACUUCCAACAUUCCGACGGUAUUUGACGAGGCUGUUAUCAACCGAAUACACGAUGCAGUCGAGUUCGGCCUACCCGGAUUAGACGAGAGAACACUGCUUGUUGGCCACUAUUUCCAAGAGUAUAUUCUGAACCCUGCUUCUAGUGGCAAAUGGCGCAUUAAAGUUGAGGGUGAGAACUGGACUGAAGUUUGCAAGGAAGUGGCGAAAUUGACGGAGGGCAUGUCAGGCCGUGAGAUCGCUCACCUGGCGCUCGACUGGCAAAUGAAGACCAUCGUCACUGAGAAGGGCGAGCUCACGAGGGAGCUCAUGCUAGAAAGAACAAAAGUUGCAAUGGAACGCAAGAAAAAGACGCUUUUGUGGAAGAAAGCUCAGCAGGACGAGCAGUCGCACUUCAGAGCGCGACCCUUCAGAGCGCGACGCUCGGGCAGGAGCAGUCGCACUUACCUGAGCGCGACGCUUGUGGAAGCCGUCAAAGCGGAAGGAGGCGCUUCAGAGUCUCCCAUACCCUCAGCAUCUUAGUGUAAAUAAUUCGAGUUGCCUUGUUACGUCUUUCUUGAUUGAAUACAUCUCGAAUGCUGGGCUGUUCUGUGUGAUGUUGAGGUGAGGGUAAGAUCAAUUUAUAUCGUUAAAUGCAUUUAGUUCCAAGGAUAUUUUUGUUGUUUUUUUGUAGCUACAAAAAUUAUUUCGAAAAUCGGUCUUAAAUUAAUCUGAAUUUUACUUUUCCCCAAAUCAGUCGUUUGUCGUCCUCGAAAUCACCUAUGAUCCAAUUAGCUAUAGAAAAAAAAUGAAAGUAAUGCUCUCUUUGCUUCUCGUUGCUGUAACUCUUUUUAUACUUUGAUGUCGCAAGUGUUUUUUAAUUUUGCAAUGUUUCAUCUCAUUAUCAGUGAGGAAUCGCGGGACAUUGAUUACGCGUUUAGAUCUACGAAAAUCAAAAAAUGAUUUCACAUUUAUACCUUGAAAAGCUUUCGCAAUUUUAGUCCUUGACAUCAUGUAAAAAGAUCGAAUUUAUUUCAUAUUCGUAUGAAAAAUGUGUAAGUUUGUUAACGGUUCUGCUUUAGCGUAUGAGCACAAAACCGUGUCAUCGUUCUUCUGAAUCCUAUUCCUCCAGAUGGACUUAAAAUAGUUUUUCUCUUGAUGGGCUGCUUUAGUCACGAAGGAAAUACUUUGUUACGAAUUUCCAAAAUCGAAUUUAAUCAAUUGAUUGGUUAUAGCUGUGCGAACUACCAGUUCUGAUGCAUUCAUUAGCAUGGAGGAGACCUAAUUGUCGACUGCUAUUUCCUUAAGUAUGUACAAUUGUAUGCAAGCUUUUGUUUGUUAAUGAUGUAAAUUCAAAUAAACUCGCGCCUCCUUUCGGGGGGCAUUGAAAA